AUGCACUACACCAAGUUUGCCCUCCUUGCCUUUGCCGGCCUUGCUCUGGCCCAUCCCGGUGCCCAUGAGCCCAAUUCCUACACCCACGCCGCGAAGAGGAACUUCCUCCACAACGCUCGCAGCAGCCUGGACAAGUGUGCAGACAAGUUGGAGCGACGUGGAGUCAACUCCCGUGCCGAAGCCCGCCGUGCUGCCCUCCUCCACGCAAACAAGAAGCGUGCCAUCUUCUCCCGUGACACCGACAAGGUGGUGAACACUUCUCACCACUCCAACCUCCACGUCACCCCGAACACGCCCGAGACAGAACUCUUCUCCAAGAACCCCGUCUGCAUUCUGGCACCGGAGGGAGAAGUCGGUCCCUUCUGGGUAAAGGGCGAGCUGAUUCGCUCGGACAUUCGCGAUGGCCAAGCAGGUAUCCCCAUCAUCAUGGAUGGACAAUUCAUCGACAUCAACACCUGCGAGCCCAUCCAGGACCUCUACUGGGACGUGUGGAACUGUAACGCCACGGGCGUCUACUCCGGCGUCCAGAGCUCCAUGAACGGCAACGGUGACGAUGCCUCGAACCUGGACAAGACUUUCCUGCGCGGCAUCCAGAAGACCGAUUCCGAGGGCGUGGCCCAGUUCAAGACUCUCUUCCCGGGCCAUUACUCUGGUCGCGCUACUCAUGUUCAUGUCAUUGCGCACACAAAUGCUCAUGUGCUGCCCAACAACACUCUCACUGGUGGUCAUAUCUCGCAUGUUGGUCAGCUGUUCUUCGAUAAGGAGCUCAUCAGCACGGUCGAAGCCACUUAUCCUUACAAUACCAGCACUGUUGCUAUUACGGAGAAUGUCGAUGAUCACGUCGUCCAGGAUGAGACUGAGGAUUCUAACUCUGAUCCCUUCUUUGAGUACGCCUACCUUGGUGACAGUAUCGAGGAUGGAAUUCUUGCCUGGGUCACGCUCGGUGUCAAUGUGUCCGCCAGCCAUGAUUCUGAUGCUUCUUACGCCGCUCGACUUACUUCGUCUGGUGGUGUCAGCUAUUAG